CCUUUGAGUGUAUUAUCAUUUUGGGAUAAAAAUUGCAAGGGAAAAAACACACACGGCCUCCUUCCCUGUUCCUCCUUCGGGGAGGGUUAGGGAGACUACUUUGAAAAUGGAGCCGAGGCAGCACAGUGUGGGGAGACAGUAGUGAGGCGAAAUAACACGAGUGGUGGGAGAGAGGGAGAAGAAGGAGGAGGAGGAGAAGGAGGGGGCGAGCGAAUUAAAAGUUGGCCAAAUGGAGAUAUUGGGUUUCAAGUGGACUGGAGAAGGGAGUAAGAAAAAAAAGGGGUUGCCUCCGCAAGUCUUUAUGUUAUGCAAAUCGGGAUAAAUAUUUAUAGAUGAGUUUUUCCGUCGAAUAGCGCUUUCAAAUGGGGAGGGCGUCGACGACACCAGUGCGGGCUAGCUAACCGAAAAGCCGCUCGUUUUGCCGUCAAACGGUCUCCGGAGCGAACGAAACCGACGAGGACGAGGACCGCGUUCAAGAGCGACUACACCCGCCGGCACAGCCUUGGCUUCGGGGGAAAUGUGACGUUUUGGCCGCUCGGGACGAGUGCGAAAGCCUUGCCCAAAACGCAUCAAGGCAACCACGUCGACCGGCCCCCGGACUGCGAAUGUGUCGAUUCGGGGCUAUUUUUGGAAAUAAAAGCUUACAGGCCGCAAAUUGAGCCGAUUUUCUAGGCUUCUUUUUGAAACGGUUUUUGCAACGCGGACGUGUGACAUGGCGUACCAACUAGGGCAGAUUUGCUUUGAAAAGCAAUUCGAGCUUUGUCCGGCACUUGAUUGGCACCGAAGCUGGAUUUUUGUCGGUGGUACCUAACGGCGAUUAUUUUAUUUUUUAUUUUUUGCUUAUCGUUAGGCUUAAAUGCAUUUUUAGGCCAUUCUACACGUCUGUUCUUCUAUACGACGCCAUUUCACAGUUCUUUAGCUACGACGCCAUUCCAAACUUGUUCCUUUUCGUCUUCACGUUUGCCUUUUUAACCAAUUCAAAUAUAAAUGAGCGUCUUUUGAAAUAUUGUGGCCUUGAUGUGUUAUAUGUAUAUAUUUUAUAUUUGUUGUGGUGUUUUAAACAACAUAAUGGCUGCCCAACGAUAUAUAUAUAUAUUUACCACAAGUAAAAGCUCCAUCCCCCAACAAUGACGAUUCUCUGUGAUAUUUUCACUUCUUACGCUGUUUUUUCAUUUGUUUUUCUCGGAAAACCGCUCAAAGAAGAGCAUUUUGAGCUCAAUGGUUGUUGGUCUGAGUAGUUCAAAGAUGGAGGGUGAACGUGGCUGGCGCAGCGCUAAAAAAAAAAACAAAAAAAACGACUGUCUGGCUUUGAUAGCAGCCAUUUUGUUGUUCUAGCUUGUCCAGUGUAGAAAAUGCCACUUAAGCCUCUCAUUACUCGCAGUAUGGACAAUAAGCAUUCCAUUCUAAUGCUGAAAAACUGUCCACGUUGCUCCUAAACACAUACACAAGAAACUCAAAACACUGUUUAUACUUGGUUGCUUUCCCCCUUGAUUAUUUGCUAUGCAACACAACACACUUGAUGGCUGACAUAAAGCCAAAUAUCCAUUAUGUCUGCCCUUCAAGGUUAUUUUGAGCAUGGUGCAGUUGCUUCUACAUGAGUGCCAAUUCUCACCCUGUGAGGUGACUGGUGUGGGGCAGGAAAGUGAUUUGUGGCAGUACUGUCACAGCAGCCAUGUUGCCUGAAUGAAGGCCAUACUGCACGCCGUUGGUGAUUCAUUGCAUCGGCUUUCUAGCUCUCCCGUACUGUGUGUCUCCUAACUUAUUACCACAGUCAUGUCGUCACCUCCCUCCCCGCAGCCUAUCUCGUUACUGGAAACGUAAGGGUGUUACAUGACUGGAUCCAUGCGGCCCGAUACUAAUCUGUGUCAUGGACGAUGAGGACGAUCGUCAUCUUCUGGAUAUCUUAGGUGAUGUGGAUGCAUUGAAUGACUAUCUCCACGGCAACAACAGCAAGUCUAUUGAAGAGGACGAUGUAGCCAAUGCUGCGUACGGCUCGGAUGCGUCUUUCUUCACUGGUGAUACUGCAAAUGCUGGAAUCAAAGAUGGCUCCUCCACAAUGGCAGAGUUUGGCGGGGAUCCAGCAGGAGAUGGCCUCCAGCUCUCCAGCAGCCACUCCUUUAUCGAGGACCAGCUGGGAGCCAAUAGCCCCCCCGGAGGCGGCGUGGACCUCGGCGAAGACCAACCCUUCGACAUCCUCCAGAAAUCCCUCCUGGAGGCCGACAUCACGGAGCAGACGCUGGCACAGGAGGCUUUGCUGGACGCCCAGCCCGCACCCACCCUCGUGCAGCCCCCCGUACCCUUCCCUUCCCAGCUGGUCUCUGGGGGCUACGGAGGGGGUGUGGUUACCACGGCGGCGUUACCGACCGGACAGUUCCUGCAGGGUGUGUCGCCGCUGCCUAAUGGCUCCACGCAGCACAUUCAACUGCUGGGCUCGUUCGGGGCGGGAAGCGGAGUCAUGACCCUGAGUGGUCUGGAAAGAACACCUCAGAUUGUGCUGAGGCCGGCGGGCCCCGUCAGCGCUGCGGGGUCUCCGGCUCCGGGCGGGCAGGUGUUCGCCCCCACCCAGGGGCAUCUUGGCCAAGUGGGCUUCAAGAACAUCCCCCUCCAGAAUGUCAUCAUCCAGAGAGGUCCGGGAGGGACCCAGGCUCUUGUCAGGCCGAUCCAGCCUAAACCGCAUCAAGCUGGGGCUCAGACUGUCUUCAGCCUCCAGCCCACGGCCUCCAACUUGUCUAGUGUGGCUAACAGUGCUACAGCGCAGUACACUGCCAAUGGCUCGCUGGUGGUGGAUCAGCAGCAGGCGCAAACCAGCAUACAAGCGGGACAGUUCUUGCUGCCCACUUCUUUGGCCAUCCACAACGGCCCCCCCACGGACUCCGCUGCUCAGAUCACCGCCCACAACGCGGUGCAGAUUGUCGGCGGGCAAAAAUUUACAGCUCAAGCAGACGGGCAGCUCAUUUUGAAUCAAGGCGCGGUGAGCGGCGGCACGACGCAAACUUGGAAGGGCGCAGCGCCCACGGGGUGCGCCCCCGGCCAGCUGGGGCUGGUCAGCCAGGGGCAGCUCCCGGGUAGCCCCGUGCAGCGCCUCCUAGUGACGCAAACGCCCAACUGUACGUCGUUGUCCCCUUUACCAAGCACGGUGACGCCAGCGCAAGAACACAGACAGAAUGCUUCAGGAUCUGCCAUUAAACAAGUGCAGCUCAACGCACAGAAGAGGCCCGCCCCCGCACCGCUGACUAAGGGAGGAAUGGUUUUACAGCAGCUAAGGGAACAUCAUGAACGGGUAGACACGCCCGACCGGAGACAGUUCAUGUCGUUCAGUGAUGUGCUGCAAAGGCUCCUGCCCUUUCACGUCUUCCAAGGCACGCCGCCCAGCCAGGAGGAGUUCUCACAGGUGGAUGAGGAGUUUGAUUCAGUUGCAGCGCACGUGUUGAUGAGGACCCAGGCCAUGAUCAAUAAAUACAGACGACUGCUUUUGGCUGAAUCUGAGCAUUCCAGUCCUUCGUCAGAGAUGGUGAUGAUCGAUAGGACCUUCAACCAAGAGGAGCGCAGCUGCCUGACGCAAGACAAGCGCAUGCUCCUCGUGGAUCCAGACACUUUCUUGGAUGACUUCUGCUGCGGGCUGAAAUCCAAACGUUUCCAAGAUCCCAUCCCCUCUCCACCACCGCCGCCGCCGCCCACCACAGACACGGAGAAGCCGGCGUACAGGACAAAAUCGCAGCCUGGCUUUGGCGACCCAGGAGGACGAGGCGGUGGCGACAGACUCCAAGCUUCACCUGUGGAGAACAAGAGCGUCCUGGAACUGAAGCAAUCCCAGCAGCAGCGCUCAGGGCAGGAAGGUAACCACUCAUCUUUUGCAACAACAGAAGGGGGGCACACGCACCACCAGACAGCGUCGCCCCCGCAGCUGGACCCGGACUCAGCUCUGGAGGCGGCCGUUAACAGCAUCCUGGAAUGUUAACAAACCACAUGGAAUUCUGUUGUCGUUCAUUAGUGAAGUUUGUUCUGGUCUUUAUGUAGCACUAUCUUUGUUUUAUUUGAGCAGAUGCAGGGGGUCCUCGGUUUACGAUGGAGUUUCAAUCUUGGGUAACCUGAAUUUGAACACAAGCUGAAACGCAGAGUUUUCUCACUAAACUACACUACAUAUUAGUAAAGACGUAGUUACAGUAAAUAUUGAAAUGAAAAACACUUAUUGGUCAUAAAUAAUAAACAUUACAAUUAAAAACAGUAAGUACGGAUCUAAAUGAGUGCCUUAAUGUGCCGCUCGACGCCGUAUUCUUGUGCAAACUAGUUUAUUACAUGCUAUUCAAAACCUCAAAAUGUCAUAAUUACAGUCAAUAAUUGUGUGAAAAACACCUAGGCUAGAAAUAUAAAAUGAGAAAAACGAGCGUGCCUUAUUGUGCCAUGUGUCGCCAUAUUGUUACGCUGCUGUGCAAACUCUGACAUUUUGUGAUGCAUGUAACCUCAAAAUGUCAUAAUUACAGUAUAUAUUUGUUUGAAAAGCACUUUUAGGUCAUGAAUAUAAAACAUUCAAUGAAAUACAGUAAGUACGGUGGUUACUGAGCUUGUCUUGUUGUGCUGCAUGGCAACCUAGUCUAACACUGCUGUGCAAACUAGUUAAUUAUACGCCAUUCGGAAACUCAAAAUUUCAUAAUUAUGUCAAUAUUUGCUUGGAAAAAAAACCUAGGCCAUUAAUGUAAAACAAUCCAAUGACAAAUCCUAAGUACGGCGCUAACUGAGCAUGCCUUAUUGUGCCACGUAAUGCUGUAUUACGCUGCUACACAAACUAGUUCAUUUUGCGCUGUACAUAACCUCAAAAUGUCGUAAUUACAGUAAAUAUUUGUAUGAAAGACACUUCAAGACCAUAAAUCUAAAACAAACCAAUGGAAAACAGUAAGUACAGCACUAAUUGAGGAGACCUACUUUUGCUGCGUGACCACGUAUUCUUACGCCGGUCGCAACCUGGAAAUGUCGUAUGUCGCAUAAACUGAGGACCCCUGUACUCUGGAGACAGGCACUUCUAAUCACCUACGACGCUGUGGGAAUGUGUGCAAUUGAAAGGAUCCAUAGUGUUUAUUUCAUGGCCAGUUUGCUCACUAUGGCAACUCCGUGCCUCCGGCUUUUAUUUCAAAGGGUUUACAUGAAGAAUCCUACAUUUCCUUGACGAAUUGCACUAAAAGCCGUUUUCAUCGGACUGCACACAAGCGGCACGUAAGCCAACAUGCCAUAGCCGCUCAUUUUUGUUUGGCAUUUUCUUUGGCUGUUUUCCCUUUCUUUUGUACCUUAAAGGUACGCGAGCCCCUACACGCCAAACACGCAAACUUGCCUAUCAUUUCAAUGUGUUUGCGCUAGGGGGAGAUUAAUCCUCAGAUUGAGGAAGUUACUUUGUUCAUUUUUUUUUUUAAUCACUGUUUUUAUUUACUUUGGUUUUAAGAUGGAAGGUUCAAUGAUUGUACGCUUUGUCUUGUCUGCUCCCCCCCCCCCCCCCACUUCUCAGCAGCACAACCAAAAAAAAAAAAAAAAAAGCAUCUUUUGUUGACAUCACACAGCACUAAAACUACAUUUUGUUUAUGUAUGAAAAAUUAACCCUGAAUGAUUAAGACUGAAUAAAUUAAAUCCAAUACAUUUCUGCCCAAGUUUAAACCUGCUAAUAAACUUCAACAGAAGACUGAAGGCUUUUUUAAAAUGUUUAUUUUACAACCAUUAGUGCAUUUGGACGUCUGUCUCACAGCUCUUAGGUUUGGGAUUCGAAUCUCAGAGUUUGCAUGUUCUCCACAUAUUCUGGGUUCCUCCCACAUUCCAAAAUCAUGCAUUUUAGGUUCAUUGAAGACUCAAAAUUGUCAUUAGGUGUGUGCGGUUGUUUAUCUCUAUGUGCCCUGCGAUUGGCUGGUGACAAGUCCAGGGUUUACUCUGCCUCUUGCUUCAAAGUCAGGCUCAAGCUCACUUGUGACCCUAAUGAGGUCAAGCACUAUAGAAAAUAGAUGGACAGAUAGUUCUUCUAGCCACAGCUGUGCAUUUGACUAAAACAUGUCUGGUUUUAAAGCAAGAAGUUUUUCUUAAGCCACGCGUUGCCAUUUUGUUGUCAUCAGUAUGCGGCCCCAUGCUACUUGUUCCGCUUUCUACCCAUAUUGUCAAACUUGAUCUGUAUAGUUUGUCAUUUUCUAUAAACAAACAAAACCAAAAAAUAUUUAUAAUUUUUGUAUGGAAGAAGGAAAAAAAAAAAAAGAAUGUAAAACAAAAAGAAAAUGGCAAUUAUUUUGGAUUAUGUUGGUGUCACUUGUUCAAUGUUGUGUUGCCCACAGCAGCAACAAUAAAUUCAUUUUGAAUACAAAUAAA